CAGUAGGGUGGGAGGACAAAAGCGAAUUGCAUCGUCAGCGACUUUAUCUCCAAGAUUCUAACGCACUGUACUGUCUGUAGUGGGCGUCGCUGAACCACACACCGAACCGAAGACAGCAAACCCCCUUCUCUCUUUUUUAUCGCUUAUUACACGCCUUCAAUCACUACCUACCUUUGACAGUAUAAACUCUUUCGCGUCCAAGUGCCCUUCGUCUCAUUUUGUUCGCGCAACGCAAUCCUCAUUGGUCGCUUCCUUUACUCGACAAUCUCCACAAGCUGCCUUGCCACCACACCGAACUGGCCGCCCCAAUGGUGACGGACGCGCCAAACGACAUCGACGGUUCACCCGAAAUCCCAAGACGGGAUGAUCCUCAGGAGCCGCCGGAUCACCGCCGACCACCGAAAAAGCGCCGGCGCAUAGUCAUAUCGUGCACCGAGUGUCACAGGAGGAAACAGAAGUGCGAUCGAGAGCUACCUUGCGGCAACUGCAAAUCGCGAAACAAAGAGACGUCCUGUCAAUACGAGACCGGUGCGCCGACGGCCAAGGAACUGGGGAAGACUUCGAUCAAGAACGCGGGGCGAUCCGAGCACGAUGGGCCCAUGCUACCGCCCUUCCAAAGCCUCUCUACGGCAGCUGCCAACUGGGGUUACUCCCAAUCGAGCGGGUCUACCCUCGGGUUUCUGAGGAGGAUCGAAAAUGCCAACGGGGAAUCCGGCCUCGCGGCGUCGUCCACCGGGGUCGGAGACGACGUGCUCAUCACGAAGGAAAAGUAUAAGGCCCUGAUCAGGCAGCUCCCGGCUAAGAGCUACAUGGAGAAGCUCAUACGCAUCUACCUGAGGGAGUUCAACCACAACUACUACGCCCUCGAUGAGGACGUGUUCAUGCAGCAGCUGGCCGAUUGGGACAACAUCUCCUUCAGCGUCCUCUCCUCCUCCGGGCCCCAGGGCCUGUCGCCCGACAUGAGGAUGUACCCGGCAUUGAUGUUCCAAGUCCUGGCGACCGCGCUCCUGGCCCUUACCGAAGAGCCGCACGAGUACUUCGAUCAUCUGAAGUACGCCGGAAACAUGACUUUUGAGGAUCUUGCGACGGACUACAGCGACUCGGGAGUCGCCAUCAUGCAAUUACUGGGCAAGCGCGACAUGACUUUGGUGGCUGUGCAAGCCUCAUUCUUGAGAGCCAACUUUCUAAAGCACAUGGGGAAAGUAGCGGAUGCGUGGCAUGCCAUCGGAAGCGCCAUUAAAGAUGCGCAAGAAACGGGGAUGCACAGAGACGGCCUGGAUCCGAAACCUGCAAGUGACUCCCUCGAAGAUAUGCUCGAGAAUCAGUGGCACAUUCAGAGCCGUAGGAGAUUAUACAUGGUGCUAUUGAUGUGGGACCUUCAUUGCGCAGUCGUUCUAGGCCGACCAGGUACCGUCGACUGGCGAGCGCCGCGGCCGAGCUUGCCGAUAGACGCCCCCAUACCAAAGGACCGGCGCAGGACGCCGUUAAGCGUACGAGACGAGGAAAGGGAUCCCCCAUCUCCGGUGACGAAACAGCUUGCCUCGUUCAAUCUCAUGGCGCCACUCGUGCAGGUGGUGGAACUCGAGCAGGAUGGGCCCUGUCCGAAGAAUUACGACAAGGUCAACCGGGCGCACGAACUGGCUCAGAGGGUCGCUGACGAGAUACCGGCGUACUUCCGGCUGGAAAACCCGGACACGCGAUGGGACAAUCAUCCCGACUGUUGGUGGCUGCCGGGCUGCAGGUCCUACCUGUCGCAGAGUCACCACUUCAACUUCAUUGCCCUGCAUCGGCCUUAUGUGUUCCAUCGCAGGGAGAGCAGGUUGGUGGCGCUCCGAGAGAGCAUAGAGAGCCUACAGAAUCAGAUGAACGCGUUCCAGGACAUGGAUCCAAAGUCUUGGAGGAAUUUUCAACUCUUUUUCGGAAGCUUUGACGCCGUUGUGCUCAUGGCGUCCAUCCAUAUCCUUUUCCCCAAGGAGAAUCUGAACCUUGCGCCCAAAGCGUUGCAGGAAUUCCAGUGGACCAUGGAGAGGUUCAGUGCCAUGUCGGAGAGGAACAAGCUGGCCAAGGCGGCGAGGGGCGUGCUCCAGGCCAUCUACACGAAGCUGAGGAAAGCCAUCGAUAACCAGGCGCCGGCGCGCAGUGUGUCGACCAUCUCGCAGACGUCCAUAUCGUCCGGGGAGGCGGACACGCUCGGGUCCUCGAGGGAUUCCGCCAUGACGGGGCCGUCGACGACGGACAACACCCCUCUGCAACUGGGCAACGGAAUCGGUAUGUCGCCGGCGGGAGACAUGGCGGUGAAGUUGGAAACGCCGGGCCCGCUACCUUCGGUCGCGACGUUCCGGCCGACGACGGCAACUCCAGACUGGGGGAUGUCGACCAAUUUCGACUUCAGCAACGUGGCGCCGUUGUUCGCGAUAGGGGACAUUCUCUAUAACGACGUGGGUAUACUCCGGGAAGGGAUGUCUUCAUGGGAAGCACCGACGGGGCCCACUACGCACCAGGCUAUGACGACGCCGCAGCAGCCGACGUCGGACAUUUUCGAGGGUGCUUUUGGAGGGGACAGUUUCUGGAAUUUGAUGAAUCAGUACGAUCCGGCAUCGAUAUAGUGGAUCAGCGCUAUUCCAUUUGUUGCUUUCUUCAUUCAUUCUUUGUUUUUCUUUUUUUCUUCUCUCUUUAUACUAAAAAAAGGGACAUUGGAUGUCUCUUCGUCUCUGGCGUUCGAAGGCAGGAAAGGAUGGGGGAAAUGGGAUGGGAAUGAGCAAUAAGCGGGCGAUGCGAUAUUCUGGCUGCUGCUUCAGGGGUUCGAGAUCUUCAGAGAGAGUGACGCGUGUUCUGACGAAUGUACACCAAGGGUACUUCGUACACCGUAUAAGGUACCUUACCUUACCUUACCAUUUCGCACAUACUUCGUACACGCACAUUCCGCAACAG